AUGAGCGAACCUGCGGUAGUCGAAGUGCCUGAGCCGCAUAUACAAAAGCUCGCAACGGCAGAGGUAGCUGAGCCCAAACCAACCCCAUCGAAGGAACCAGACUCCCGAAACGCAACAAUCCCAAAUGCAGAGACUCCCAAUGCAAUCAAACCAGAUGCUACACUUGAAGAAUCCGGUCGGGGAUACUCCCGAAUGUCCAUGGUAAUGAUGGUCGUCUUCAGCGGUCUGGCCAUUGGCUCGGACGGCUUCAAUGCAUCUAUCAUCGGUAACAUAGAAUUAUUAAUGGAAGUCAUCUAUCCACAAUCUCUAACGACCGCGGUCGCGGCUCGCCUAUCAAAUGCUUUCAUGGUCGGCAUGAUCAUCGGGAUGCUAUCAUUUGGAUAUAUCUCGGACAAGCUAGGUCGGAAAACGGGUGCCGUGCUUACAACCACCAUUUUGGUCCUCGGUAUCGCACUCAGUGCAGGUGCCAGCGGUCUCACUGAUGACGGGAUGUUCUGGAUGUUGAUUAUCGCCAGAGGCAUUGCAGGAGUUGGUGCAGGGGGAGAGUACCCCGUCGCCGGUGCAGGUGCAGCAGAAGCAACCGACGAAGCUCCCGGUGUGCGCAAGCGUAGGGGCUUUAUUUUCGCCAUGAUUGGAGAUCUUUCAGCGUCGCUAGGAUUUGCUUUUGGUGCAUUGGUGCCAUUGAUACUACUUCUUUGCUUCCACCAGCAAGUUAGGCACUAUGAAGCUGUGUGGCGUGUAUCUCUGGCAAUGGGUGCCAUCGCCCCUCUUUCGAUCUUCUGGUUUCGGUAUCGAAUGGUCGUCAGCUCUGCAUAUCGUAAGAGCUCAAUGAAAAAGCAGCCAAUCCCAUACUGGCUAGCGAUCAAAAAAUACUGGAGGUCAUUGCUCGGGGUGUGUGGUUCUUGGUUCAUCUACAACUACAUCUCGUAUCCGUUCGGGCUUUUCUCUUCGACCAUCGUGGGUAGAGUGAACCCUUCGUCUUCCCUUGCCCUUACCAUGGCGUGGGGAACAUUGAUAAAUUGCUUCUACAUUCCGGGGGCAUUCAUUGGAGGUAUAUUGUCCGAUCGAAUUGGUCGUAGGCGCACCAUGGCACUGGGAUUCUUUCUUCAAGCCAUUCUUGGCUUUAUCCUGGGUGGCGCGCUGGGGCCAAUUCAAACGAAACUGCCUCUCUUCAUUGUCUUGUAUGGCGUCUUCCUUACUCUUGGCGAGGUUGGCCCAGGUGCUACUAUUGUUCUCACUGCGAGUGAGAGCUUUCCCACUGCCCUCCGUGGCCAUGGAGUGGGUAUGGCUGCGGCUUGGAGCAAGGCUGGUGCUGCUAUUGGAACCCAAGUAUUCAAGCCUAUUCUAGCCAGCUGGGGGAAUGAUGAACUCCAUGGUACUCAAGCUGUGUUUCUGAUAGGAUCAGGAUUUGCCAUGCUGGGGGCUUGUCUGGCGUGGUUCGUUCUUCAGGACAGUAAUAAAAUUCUGGAUCAUGGCGACCAGGACUGGAAGGACUAUCUGACAGCUCAUGGUUAUACGAACAUUGAGUGGGGUAUUCAGGAUCAGCCGGUCAUGGCGGAAACUAAAGUUGUGGACUAG